CGACCCGGGCGAAUGCGGGCUUGUGCCGCCGCCGUCGCCGCCCGGGCCGAGUGACAAAGGAAGGAAGGAAGGAAGCCAGGAGGAGCCGACCUCGCAGCCGCUGACAGGGCUCCGGGCCGGGGGCAAAGCGCGGACACUUCCUGAGCGGGCACAAGCGCAGGCGAGGGGCGGAGGGCGGCCGUGCCGGUGCCGCGGACGGGGGAGGGGGCCCCCAGGGACGGAAGCGGUUGCUGGGUUCCCAUGUCCCCGGCGUAUGUGAAGCAGUCGAGGAGCCGCCGCCCGGAGUCUGAAGGGAGCUGCCUCCGCCGCCGCCGCCAUGGCCGCUGGAUCCAGCCGCCGCCUGCAGCUGCUCCUGGCGCAAUGAGCAGAGGCGCCGCCGCCGCCGCCGCCGCCGCCCGCCGCUGACUGACUGACUGACUCCGCCGCCCUCCCGGUCGCAGGGGCCCUGCCGUCCGCCUGCCCGCCGGAUCCGGUCGCUGCCGGAGUCGCAGCGUUUCCCGUCGCAUCUCCGAGCCGCCACCUCCCUCCCUCCUUCCCAUCCCCCUUCUCGUCAAGCGUGAGACUCGUGAUCCUUCCGCCGCUUUCCUUCUUCAUUGACUCGGAAAAAAAUCCCCGAGGAAAAUACAAUAAUCUAAGUACUUAUUUUCAAUCAAGUUAUCUGUCGCCGUUUCAUGUGAUAUAUAUAUAUAUAUAUAUAUAUAUAAAUAUAUAUUUUUAAGGUUCCCCCUUACCACCCCUUUUCUUCCUUCCCAGAAAAGGGAGGUGGAAGAAUUAUAUUUUUCCCUAGUUCCAAAUCAUCUAUGUGUUAAAUAUCCGUACCUAUCUUGAAGGCGAAAUACAGCGCUGGCUUUAAGAAAAAAAAGCUAUAGAAAAGGAGUGAAAAGCCAAGAGAACGAAGUCUUUUUUUUUUUUUUUUCCUUUUCUUUUUUCUUGUGAGAGACUUAAUGCUGCAUUUAUCAUUAACCUAACGCCCCAACAUAAAACAAAAGGAAGAAAAGGAGGAAGGAAAAGGUGAUUCGGGAAGAGCAAUCAUGUCGGGGCGGCCGAGAACCACCUCCUUUGCGGAGAGCUGCAAGCCAGUGCAGCAGCCUUCAGCUUUUGGCAGCAUGAAAGUUAGCAGAGACAAAGAUGGCAGCAAGGUGACCACAGUGGUGGCAACUCCUGGGCAGGGUCCAGACAGGCCACAAGAAGUCAGCUACACAGACACUAAAGUGAUCGGAAAUGGAUCAUUUGGUGUGGUAUAUCAAGCCAAGCUCUGUGAUUCAGGAGAACUGGUUGCUAUCAAGAAAGUAUUGCAAGACAAGAGAUUUAAGAACCGAGAGCUCCAGAUCAUGAGAAAGCUAGAUCACUGUAACAUAGUCCGAUUACGUUACUUCUUCUACUCCAGUGGUGAGAAGAAGGAUGAGGUCUACCUUAAUCUGGUGCUGGACUACGUUCCAGAAACAGUGUACAGAGUUGCCAGACACUAUAGUCGAGCCAAACAGACGCUCCCUGUGAUCUAUGUCAAGUUGUAUAUGUAUCAACUGUUCAGAAGUUUAGCCUAUAUCCAUUCCUUUGGAAUCUGCCAUCGGGAUAUCAAACCGCAGAACCUCUUGUUGGAUCCUGAUACAGCCGUAUUAAAACUCUGUGACUUUGGAAGUGCAAAGCAGCUGGUCCGAGGAGAACCCAAUGUUUCAUAUAUCUGUUCUCGGUACUAUAGGGCACCAGAGUUGAUCUUUGGAGCCACUGAUUAUACCUCUAGUAUAGAUGUAUGGUCUGCGGGCUGUGUGUUAGCUGAGCUGUUGCUAGGACAACCAAUAUUUCCAGGGGACAGUGGUGUGGAUCAAUUGGUAGAAAUUAUCAAGGUCCUUGGAACACCAACAAGGGAGCAAAUUAGAGAAAUGAACCCAAACUACACAGAAUUCAAAUUCCCUCAAAUUAAGGCACAUCCUUGGACAAAGGAUUCGUCAGGAACAGGACAUUUCACCUCAGGAGUGCGGGUCUUCCGACCCAGAACUCCCCCAGAGGCAAUUGCACUGUGUAGCCGUCUGCUGGAGUAUACACCAACUGCCCGACUGACACCACUGGAAGCUUGUGCACAUUCAUUUUUCGAUGAAUUACGGGACCCAAAUGUCAAGUUACCAAAUGGGCGAGACACACCUGCACUCUUCAACUUUACCACUCAAGAACUGUCAAGUAAUCCACCUCUGGCUACCAUCCUUAUUCCUCCUCAUGCUCGGAUUCAAGCAGCUGCUUCAACCCCCACAAAUGCCACAGCAGCCUCAGAUGCUAAUGCUGGAGACCGUGGACAGACCAAUAAUGCCGCUUCUGCAGCAGCUUCCAACUCUACCUGAACAGUCCCGAGCAGCCAGCUGCACAGGAAAAACCACCAGUUACUUGAGUGUCACUCAGCAACACUGGUCACGUUUGGAAAGAAAAUUAAAAAGAGAAAAGAAAAAAAACCUGUUCAUUUUAGUGUUCAAUUUUUUUAUUGUUCUUAUUUAACCUUGUAAAAUAUCUAUAAAUACAAACAAUUUCAUUCAUCAGACUGCGGGAGACCCAGGGGUGGGAGGGUUUAUGGAUGGGGAAGGCGGAGCACUAGAACACAUAAUCUCUCCCACGACAAUCUUUUUUUUUAAAUCAAAAGUCUGCUGUUGUAUACUUAAAACCGGACUUCUGCCUCAUGCCCCUUCCACUAAAGAAGAAAACUUUGUUCUGUACUAAAGAUUUUUUUUGAACUUUGUUUUCUUUGAAAGUCUAAUGUCAGACUGGUCUAAUGCACAGCUUGAAAUUGGUUGGGAGCUUAGCAGGUAUAAUUCAAUGGAGACUUACGUGUCACUUGUAAAAUUAAUCCACUUCCUCUGGUGUUGGAAGGUUUGCCUCUGGCAUGUUUUUGGCAAGUGUGGCAGACAAAAAUGAAAUGUGUAUCACAUGUAACCCAGCAGUGUUGGUGAAGUUUGUAGCCAUAAGGCUGAUGAAGGUUGGUUUUGCUCUUAAUCGGUGCUGGUGGUGAAGAAGCUGGUAUAGAGGCUGCCAGAGGAGCAGCAAACAGGAUUCUGGCCUGUGUGCUCCAUGGUGGAUCUUUGUUCCCCUGACCAAAGAUUCUUUGCAAUCUUCAUACUGUUUUAAGUUACUGAGUGACCUUGGACACUGGAAAGGGCGUUGAGGCCAAGGGCUGCAGGUGUCAAAGGCUGGUGAGGCUGAAGAAGGCAGCAGGCCAGAGGCAAUCUCAGCACUGUGAAAGAGCUUGUCCAGAGCUUCCCUAAAGCCACCUCCCUUGGAAAGAUACAUGCAAGCAAGGACGUUAUGUAGUUAAAUAAUGUGAACCAUAACCAUCUACUGCUUUUUUCUUUUGUAUUUUUAAUUGAAAACCAAGCUUGCAGGAAUUGCCACAUCUCCACAUAGUGCUACUUCUAAAUCCAAAUCUAGAAUCUAUUUAAUUUCAGCUUUUUUAACCUCAUGCUUUUAAAAUUUAUUUAUUGAUGCAUGUCAGGCCAUUAUGAUUUUAGGUGGUAGGAAUACACAUCAAAAUAAUAAUCAACUGUACCUGCUGACUUUAUAGGAAAACUGAUUAUAUAAAUGUAUGUAUAUAUGUUAUAUAUACAUGUACUCAAUACUGCCUUUUCUUUUUUGUCUACAUGGUAUCAAAUUGACUGGUUGAAGCAUGAGAAGAAUGUGUCUGCCAUCCACCCACCCCCAGUUAAGAUUUUUUGUUUGUUUUCUUUGUUUCUCAGUGAAUGGUGUAAGAAUCAGUCUCGUUUUUGAAGAAAAAGCAAUAUUCCUUGGAAAGCAAGGAGGACUGAAGGAUUACAUUUGCAGUGAGGAAAUAGAUUUUGUUUUUAUAUUUUCAAGGUUGGUAUCUCUGUGGGCCUUAUAUACUCUAAAAUGAACCUUAGUCACCUUGGUGCUUAUGGGCCAUUACUUGACCUACAAAUCUUUAAGGCACAAUCAGUUACAUUUUACAUCUACAGAUCCCUUGAGUAAUGGCCGACUUCCCCUCCUACCCGCUCCUCCACAGCCUUCCAGGGUUAGCUGAUAACUGUAGAGCUUCAGAGCUGAGCCCCAGGUUGUGUGGAACCACCCUUCGCCCUUGUCAUUGCCACUUAGGUCACGUUAGGGCAGGUUGCCUUCCAGGUGGUCAGGAAGUGUGGCGUUUUGGCAGCCCUCGUGCAGGCCUUAGCACUCUGUCCUGUUUCUUCGCCGUGUGUGUGUGACUGUCCAAGAGAGUUGUACACCUGCGGAAGUGAACCAGUACUCAGAAGGACAACUGUGAACCAUCUUAGUUCUCAUCGUUCAGCUAGGCUUAGGCAACAGAAGGGGUUUCUCAAACCUCUCGCCAUAUCACAGUUCGUGGGAAAGGAGACAUGCUCAGUCAAACCAAAUCAAGUUUAAUUUUCCUUUUUUAUCAAGUGCUUCUAAGAGCUAAUUAGAACUUGAAAGAGGUCUGAAAUCAAAGUAUUAGCAGCAUAGUCCCUUACAAGAAUAGGAUUUGAUAGACUGUUUUAGAAAAGAUGAAUAAUCUCACCAGGCAGGUCUGUGCCAGAAAAGUGGACCUGCUUUCAGAUCAAACUGCCCAGCCAGACGUGCAGAUACAGACACUACUUGGGGUUUGGUGUACCUGCUGGAGUCCAUAAAAAUCAGUGGUGGUUUUAGAAAACACUUCCCUCCCCUACUUCCACCCCCGUCGUGUGUGUGUGUGUGUGUGUGUGUGUGUGUGUGUGUGUGUGUGUGCGCGCGCGCGCACGCGCGCGCCGCUGAGAUCCACAAUUUCUCCUCCUCCAUUACGGCGGGAUCACAGAACCCUUUUAUACAAGUGAGAGCCAGGUCUCUGAAUAUCUUUGUAAAUAAUAAUAAUUAAAAGCUCCUCACCAAAUUCAAGCUUGUACAUUAUAUUUUUUUCAAUAUUUUUAAGUUUUAUUGUUUUGUAUGUAAAUAUGUGGACCCAGGAACUGUUAUGAAUGAGCAAAAAGUUACUGUUCAGGGGAGUGAUUCUGUUUAAUAAUCAAGACAAAAUGUAGACGAGCUUUUUAAAGCCAUAUAGUUUUAACUCUGUACAGUAGGUACCGGCCUGUAUUAUUGUAACAAUAACUCUAGCAAUGUAUAGUGUAUCUAUAUAGUUUGGAGUGCCUUCGCUUCCAUGUGUUUGGUUUUCUGUUUUCUGGGUUUUUUUUAUUUUUCAUUUUUAGGGUUUUAAUUGGUUCCCUUUAUCCAUGUCUCCCUGUACUCCCCUUUCCUUUUUAAGAUAGUAACUCACAACAAUAUCUUUGCCCCUCCAUAGUUGGUUCAGUGAUACCUUGCUCAGUAGUGGGAAGAGGAAACUAUGUUCAUAAUUUCAUUUCAUUCAAGCCCUGGCUUUGGUUCUGAAUGUCCGUUUACUCUUCAGCAGUGACCGGUUUCAUUUCAUAUUUGGUCCAUUCAGGGACUUAGUACUGGGAGCCCUAGAGCUGGAGGAUAUCAAAUAGAUUAGAUUUUGCUCGUCUCUUCCACAAGCCCUAACCAUGGAUCUUAACAGCAGAUUGGGGAGCCUGCCAUAGUCAGUCUCUUUCUCCCUCUCCCUCUCCCUCCCCUCCCUCUCACGUGAGAGAAGAGAGAGAAAUGAUUGACUUUUUAUAAAUCGAGGCAUCUUCACAGUAUCAAGUUUUGAUAUGUCAGUGGUCUAAAAUGCUGUAGUACAGUUACUGGCAGUCCAUGGCAUGGAGUACCUCCACGCCAAUAGAGGACUGAUGUUUUAACAUGAAGACUCUUAGCCCAUUUCCCUCUCCUGCUAUCUCUGCCCCUUUUCAAUGAAAUGUCAUUUUAAUUUCUCUUUUAAAAACUCAGUUUUUUACUGUGUGCCCAACAUGUAGGCCUUUUUUGAAAAAAUAUAAAGUAUUUGUUUUGCCUCCAAGUAAUCCAUAUAAAAUGUCUUGAAUAGAAAAAAAAAAAAAAAAAACUACCAAACCAAAGGUUACUAUUUUUGAAACAUCAUGCAUUCAUUCCAGCAAGGCAGAACACUGCACCUUCUUUCCAAUGAUGCAUUGCGUCAUUUUUAAAGUCCUCUUAAGUUUUAGACCCAUCCUCUUAGUUUGUGUUCUAACAAAGUAUGCCUAAACAGUCACCUUUGCACCAAUGCAAAGGUUUCUGAGAGAACUAUUGUAUUCUCUACCCCUGUGGAUAUAAAGACACUGGCGUUUCAUUUGUUUUUCCCUUUCCUUCUUAAAGGAUUUAACUUUGGAAUCUUCCAAAGGAAGUUUGGCCAAUGCCAGAUCCCCAAGAGUUUGGGGUUUUCUCUUUGUUCUAAACCAAAAUUGUAUCUGAUUCCUGUUGUUCAUAUUAGUGAUAAUCUAAUCAAAAAGAUGAACACUUUUCUGUCCUAUAUAGAAAAAUUAGCAUGCUUUGCAAUAAAAUCUGUUUUUCCUGGUAGAAACCUGAGCCACUGAAAACAAGAGAAUUAGAAGCACAGUAGUCCCAGACUGAGGUCUACCUUUGAGAGGCUUGGAAAGUAAUCCCUGGGGUUUGGAUUAUUUUCACAAGGGUUAUGCUGUUUUAUUUGACUUUGUUGCUCCGUUUUGCACCUCCGUAAUAAAAGCAAAAUGACAACCAGUACGUAUAGGGAGUUAGCUUAAUAAAGUAGACUUCCUUGUGUUAAUUUUUUGGGUUUUUUUUUUCCUUACUAUAUCUGUCUACAGGCAGAUACAGAUAGAUGUAUGAAAAUUGCUUGCCUGUAAAAUUUGCAUUUAAAAAUGUGUUGCCGAUGGAUCACUUGGGCCUGUACACAUACCAAUUAGCGUGACCACUUCCAUCUUUAAAAAGUCUAAAAAAUUAUAUAUAUAUAUAUAUAUAUAUAUAUAUAUAUAUAUAUAUAUAAAAAGGACUGUGGGUUGUAUACAAACUAUUGCAAACACUUGUGCAAAUCUGUCUUGAUAUAAAGGAAAAGCAAAAUCUGUAUAACAUUAUUACUACUUGAAUGCCUCUGUGACUGAAUUUUUUUUCAUUUUAAAUAUAAACUUUUUUGUGAAAAGUAUAUGCUCAAUGUUUUUUUGCCCUUUCCCAUUCCCUUGUAAAUACAUUUCGUUCUAUGUGACUUGGUUUGGAAAUAGUUAACUGGUACUGUAAUUUGCAUUAAAUAAAAAGUAGGUUAGUCUGGAAAUGAAACUAAAAUUCACCAGUGUGUGGUCUUUAUUUCAGUACCCAUCCCUCUUUCUUCACCCAGUUUUGCCACUGCAGUAUGUAGUCACCAUCUCCAUACCUCUAGGGAAACAUGAAUAUUCCUUAUAAAAAUCAAGAUGUAAACACCAUGUCGCAUUCUUUCAGUGACCUUACUCUACUAUUAUAGCCACAAGAGGUGCAGCUUCCAACUUGUAAACCUUUGGAUUCGAUGUAAAGGAAGUUUUGCAGACGGCUUGGAAGAGAGAAAGCAGCCCCAAACGGGACGAUUGUAAAAACAUGUAUAAGCUGCUGUCUUUGGUUACUAUGUUCAUAGUUUGGUGUAGCUGUAUUUUCUUUUUCAUUCUAUUGGUAAUAAACUUUGGGGGUCUCUGUAAAAUAUAUGAAUACCACAAACGGGGGCUGCUGUACCUCCCAGGUAACCAACAUGUCGUGUUUUGAGUCUGCUCAUUUCCAAUACUGGAUGGUGUAUGUAAACAUGUUAUGUCUCAGUGCAAAAAAGAAACAUUUCUUUUAGGGCUGACUCACUUGUCAGGCCUGAUCUAAAGGCUAGAUAUAAGGUCAUGUGACUGCUGCUUCAAUAAAAACAAAUUUAUAUUCCACAA